UGAUGUUAGAUGAACAGAUCCCCAUCUCUUGCUUCCAAUUUGGGAGUGACAGGGAAAUGUAUCCUGUGUAUUGCUGUUGUGUUACAGACCCUGUGUGGACAGUAAUGACCGCACGUUUCCGAUUGCCUGCUGGCAGAACCUACAAUGUACGAGCAUCUGAGCUGGCACGAGACAGGCAGCAUACGGAGGUGGUCUGCAACAUUCUUCUCCUGGAUAACACUGUACAAGCUUUCAGAGUUAAUAAACACGAUCAGGGACAAGUUCUGUUGGAUAUAGUCUUCAAACAUCUCGAUUUGACAGAGAGGGAUUACUUUGGUUUACAGCUGGCGGAUGAACCCACUGAUAACCCUAGGUGGUUGGAUCCAAACAAACCUAUCAGGAAACAAUUAAAAAAAACACUUCUCUUGACCAUAGGAGGAUCUCCUCACAGUUUGAACUUGAGAGUUAAGUUUUUUGUAAGUGACCCAAACAAGCUCCAAGAAGAAUAUACAAGGUACCAGUAUUUUUUACAGAUUAAACAGGACAUUCUUACUGGAAGAUUGCCCUGUCCAUAUAAUACUGCUGCUCUUCUGGCUUCCUAUGCUGUUCAGUCUGAGCUGGGAGACUACAACCAUUCAGAAAACCUGCCAGGCUACCUCUCAGACUAUUCUUUCAUCCCUGGCCAGCCUCAAGACUUUGAAAAAGAGAUAGCAAAGCUACAUCAGCAGCACAUAGGGUUGUCUCCUGCAGAAGCAGAGUUCAAUUAUCUCAAUACAGCACGUACCUUAGAACUCUAUGGAGUUGAAUUGCACUAUGCAAGGGAUCAGAGUAACAAUGAAAUAAUGAUUGGAGUGAUGUCAGGUGGAAUACUGAUCUUUAAGAACAGAGUACGAAUUAACACCUUCCCAUGGUUGAAGAUUGUAAAAAUUUCUUUUAAAUGCAAACAGUUUUUUGUUCAACUUAGGAAAGAAUUGCAUGAAUCCAGAGAAACAUUACUGGGCUUCAAUAUGGUGAAUUACCGAGCAUGUAAGAACCUGUGGAAAGCCUGUGUUGAACAUCACACGUUCUUCCGUUUGGACCGACCGCUCCCCCCUCAGAAGAACUUUUUUGCACAUUAUUUCACUUUGGGUUCAAAGUUCCGGUACUGUGGGAGAACAGAGGUCCAGUCUGUGCAGUAUGGCAAAGAAAGAGCAAACAAAGACAGGGUAUUUGCAAGAUCCCCCAGUAAACCUUUGGCACGGAAACUCAUGAGUGGGAUGGACUGGGAAGUAGUGAGCAGGAACUCUCUGUCUGACGAUAGGUUAGAAACCCAAAGCUUACCAUCACGGUCUCCACCUGGAACCCCAAAUCACCGCAACUCCGCCUUCACUCAAGAAGGAGCUCGGUUACGACCCUCCUCGGUUGGACAUUUAGUGGACCAUGUAGUUCACACUUCACCAAGUGAAGUGUUUGUGAACCACAGAUCUCCAUCUUCCACCCAGGCUAACAGCAUAAUACUGGAAUCAUCACCAUCUCAAGAAACUCCCAUAGAUGGGCAGCCUCCUGCAUUACCACCCAAACAAUUCAAGAAGAACAGUUGGAACCAAAUUCAUCAUUCACACUCGCAGCAAGAACUGGAUAACCACAUCAAUGAAGCAUUUGAUGUCCCUGCAUCUCCUGAAAAGUCCACACCCAAUGGUGGUGUUCCCCAUGACAAUCUUGUUAUGAUCAGAAUGAAACCAGAUGAAAACGGAAGGUUUGGCUUCAAUGUAAAGGGUGGAUAUGAUCAGAAGAUGCCAGUAAUAGUGUCCAGGGUAGCUCCAGGAACACCCGCUGAUCUUUGUGUCCCUCGUUUGAAUGAAGGAGACCAGGUUGUACUUAUCAAUGGCAGGGAUAUAGCAGAACAUACCCAUGAUCAAGUUGUUAUGUUCAUUAAAGCUAGCUGUGAGAGGCACUCAGGGGAACUUGUGCUCCUCGUUCGACCCAAUGCUGUCUAUGAUGUUGUGGAAGAGAAGCUGGAAAGCGAACCUGACUUCCAAUACAUCCCUGAGAAAUCACCACUUGAUGGUGUCCAUCAAGAUGAUAAUGCUCUGAGAGAAUCCAUGAUUCAGCUAGCAGAGGGGCUUAUCACUGGAACUGUUUUAGCUCAAUUUGAUCAACUGUAUAGGAAAAAGCCUGGAAUGACAAUGUCUUGUGCCAGAUUACCUCAAAACAUUUCCAAAAAUAGAUACAGAGACAUUUCGCCUUAUGAUGCUACACGGGUUAUUUUAAAAAGUAAUGAAGAUUACAUCAAUGCAAAUUAUAUAAAUAUGGAAAUCCCUUCUUCCACAAUAAUAAACCAGUACAUUGCCUGUCAAGGUCCAUUGCCAAACACUUGUCCUGAUUUUUGGCAGAUGACUUGGGAACAAGGCUCAUCUAUGGUUGUAAUGUUAACAACUCAAGUUGAACGGGGCAGGGUUAAAUGCCAUCAAUACUGGCCAGAGCCAUCAGGAAGCUCAUCGUAUGGCAAUUUCCAGAUUACCUGCCAUUCAGAAGAAGGAAAUCCUGCUUACGUCUUUCGAGAAAUGACAUUGACUAAUCUGGAGAAGGAGGAAAGCCGCCAUCUGACCCAAAUUCAGUACGUAGCAUGGCCUGACCACGGGGUUCCUGAUGAUUCCAGUGAUUUCCUAGACUUCGUGUGCCUCGUGAGAAAGAAGCGGGCAGGCAGAGAAGAACCUGUUGUUGUUCACUGCAGUGCUGGGAUUGGACGGACAGGAGUUCUUAUCACCAUGGAGACAGCAAUGUGUCUCAUUGAGUGCAAUCAGCCUGUUUAUCCAUUAGACAUUGUACGAACCAUGAGAGAUCAAAGAGCCAUGAUGAUCCAAACACCUAGUCAAUACAGAUUUGUAUGUGAAGCUAUUCUGAAGGUGUAUGAAGAAGGAUUUAUUAAACCUUUACAAGCAUCACCACAUAAAUAAAGAGCAAAAAACCUAGGAUAUAAAUUGAGGAACCCUGUCCUCUAAAUAAUGAACUGGCAGCAUUCGUUGUGCCAUAAUACUGCUUGCAGGAAAUGAUAGUGAAGUACAGCAAAGAAUUGACAAAGGACUUUGAAAACUUCAGCACUGUUGCACUUUACAUUGAAACAAAAUCAGUCUCUGAAACUCUUCUAAUCUUCAUCUGUUUGAAGACUUUAUUUUCGUGCUUUGCUCCGAACAAACCAUAAACUGAAAGAACUAAUUGUGUUCAGGGUAAUCUACGAGAUUUCAUUGUAGUGCCAUAUACUGCGCUUCUGGUUGAAUUGCUACAAACAAGGCUUGGAAUUAUUUCACUCUGUUUUACACCCAUGUCUCUUAAAAAUGGAAAAACAAAUGAAAAAAUACACUAAGCCAUGGUCUUUCUCCAGUGCUAGGUUUAUUUACUAUGUACAGACUCUCACUGUUUUGUUUUUUACAACAUUAGCAAUAUUGCUGAUACUAGAUAGAUACACACUGCCUACUGAUGCAGCACACUUUGUCCUACACCCUUCUUAGAGACCAGCUGGUUGUUAGAGGAGAGCUGGCAUCUGUGUUAACCCAGCAGUAGCUGCAUAAUGCCCACUUACCAGCAUCUUGUUUAAAAAAAAAAAAAGGAAAAAAGAAGAAAAAAAAAAAGGAAAAAGGAGAAAGAAAAAAAAAAAAGAAAACAGUAAUAAUAAAAACUUUAAAAAAAUAAAUAAACAGCAUUUCUUUGACACAGCUUGUGUGUCAUACACUGGUGUAUUCUGAUUCAUGUGACUUAAGAUUAUGUGAUGGGAGCUAGUGCAUGCAUUGUCUUAACCCCUUAAGUGCCUUGAGACUUACAGCGUACAUCCAGUGAAAGGCACUCAUGAUUCUGUGGGGGUGGUCUUGUCCUGUUGUGUUUAUCUUAAUGGGUUCAGAUUUUAAAAACGGCCCUUGGUGCUUGGAGUAUGUUACUGCAAGGGGUCAUGGAAAUACCAUUCCCUCUUUCCUCAUACGAUUACCUGCGUGCUACGCUCAGUAGCAAAAGCACCUCUGCCAACUUAACAAAUGAGCAUUGUUUGCUGCUGUGUUGUAGUUACGUGAAAAGUCUGACACAUUCCUUUAUUCCUUACGACUAGUAACUUACUAGCAGCCUACUAUGAAAUGCUAGUAGGUCAUUAGAAGCUGACACUUUGUUUUAUCCUUUUAUUGAGAAUAGCUGUCUUACUCAAUUAGAACAUAACUCUUUAAUAGCACUGAUAAUUAAGUCGAACUUACGGUCAGAUGUGAUUUAAUUCCAUUAUUUGCUAACCGAGUAUUUUUUUAAAUCCUCAUAGUUGAUUUCAAGCCAUUUUCGUACAGGUCUGCCUUUUAUUUUUCUAAUUGUUUGGGGAGGGUGGGAAGGGAGGCAAACACGAUGAUGCUUUCCCACAACUCCUUUAAUUCCGUGAUGGUCUCAGUCACCCUCUGUCAUGCUUGUGCAAAGUUGUUCCAGUUGGUAUGGGUUGCCUCUUAUUUAAGUAGGUGUAAGAUUUGUAACAGAUGUCUGAUACAGUAUCUGAGCUCACUCUAAAGACAUAGAUAGGUCCCGGUUUUUCAUGUUUUUUCCAGUAUAGGGAGAAACCCAAGUCAGAAGCAAAGUGUCCGGUGUAAUAUACUGUAAGAAAACAAAAUCAGUCGCUUCUUUGACUGCCCUGCAACAACUUAACUCUGUGUCCUCUAUUUAAAAACCUUAAUUUAUUGGUUUCCUGAAAAUGUCUAUCCAGUAAUUUUUGUUAUAAGCUAUAUAAAGCAUAGAGCUGGAAUGGAAAUUUCUACACUAAAGUUUUUAACUAUUGAAUAAUUAUAUAAUAUACGGUGUUCUGUGGACAUCUGAAAGAGAUCAGCUAUGAAAUAUUAAGUGAAAAGGAAUUCAGGCAAAGUGAAAUCCUGGCUUAAGACUUAGUAAUACACAUGAACCACAAUGCCAAAUGGAAAAUAUAGUAUUAAUUAUUUUUAGAAUACAAAAUAAUACUAGGUGGCCUGUGGCCCUGUUACUUAUAUUUCUAGAUUUGAUGCCUAAAUCAAUGUUUUUCCUCAGUGAAAAAUGAAUCUUACAAGUAUCUUUGGAUCUGAUAAAUGGAAAAAGAGUGAUAAAGUAGCUUUAAUCUCAGUUUCAUUUUAAGCCAUUUGCAACAACAACAACAAAAUCUGUAUUAAAUUUAAAGCUUUAACUUUCAUAUGAUGAGAUUAUUAGCUGAGAUGCCAGCUAACUGGAAGCUUAUUUUAAAGUCAGCACUUAAUAUCUAAAACGUAAAAUAAUUCAUCCAUUAUAUUGAAGUACACUUUUUUCACAGUCAAAUUGUAAAGAAAAAUAUCAUUUGCCCCAUUUUUUUCCUGAGAGGAAUGAGAAACUAAGUUUAUAGCAACGUGAAUAGCGUUGGUUUGUCAUAUAUUUAACUAUUGUUAUGUGAAGCUGCCAAAGCAGUUUGAGUUCAAAAUACCCGUUUAUACCACAAUUACACGUGGGAUAUUUACUGGUCAUCUGUCAUUACUGUUCUGAUGACAAAUAGAGGCGAGAAUACAAACUUAGAAUCUUCCUCUGCAUUGAUUUAAGCUGAUCUGCUGUUAUGUAUUAACUAGCUGCACUGGGGGGGAAAAAAAAGGCAAACUCAGCUAAUUGAUCGUCAGUUAAUCAAUGGCUUUUUGGCUUCUGGAAAGCCAGCAGAAUGGGAACCAAAAGCUGCUUGGGAAAGAGAAGGCUGAAGGCUUCCUGCACCAUAAAUCAUUCACUCAGAUGUUUGUAUUUGUUGUGGUAUAAAUGGCCUUCACGAUAUUUUUAUACGGCCAAAAGAAAAUAAAAUCAAAAUGCUAAAUAUUUAACUUUGGGUUAUGACGAUCUGUAUCAUCGUUCAGACUUUCUGAAGAAGUUUUUGUAUGUUUCAUGCUGUACAAAACAUGAAUGUAUCUUUCAGACAAAA